AUGGCUGCACAUCGGAGUUGGCUUCUAGUGAGCUUCCUUCUCCUUGAGCUUCUUCUCUUGGAGGCUGCAAAAAUUCUGACUAUAACUACACUGGGUGGAAGCCAUUAUGUAGCGAUGAGCCGUGUGUCGCAAAUUCUUCAUGGCAGUGGCCACAAUGUGACCAACCUUCUUUAUGAAUCGGUUUACCACCCAGAUUUUAGAGAGGAAAAACCAUCAUACCAGGUUAUAAAUUGUCAUCUACCUGAAGAUCAGCAAAAGAAAAUUGAUAAUAGACUGAAUCUUCUUCUAGAAGAAUUAUCUAAUGGUGGGUUCAAUCAUCCAACCUUUGUAAAGAUUUAUCAACACUAUGGCAACUUAUGCAGUCACUUAUUAACCAGAAAGGACAUCAUGGAGUUCUUACAAAAUGAGAACUUUGACCUAGUACUUCUUGAUUCAUUAGAUUUCUGUUCUUUACUGAUUGCUGAAAAGCUUGGGAAACGAUUUGUGUCCUUUCCUCCCAUUCAGUUUAGCUUUAUGGACUUGGUGUUACCAAGUCCUCUUUCUUAUGCUCCAGUGUUUGGUUCUGGUCUAACUGACCAAAUGGACUUCUGGGGCCGAGUGAAGAACUGUCUUAUGUACUUUUAUUUCUCUAUGCAACAAAGGGAAAUGGUUUCUCAAUAUGACAGUACCAUCCAGGAGCAUUUUGCAGAAGGCUCUCGGCCAGUUUUGUCUGACCUUCUACUGAAAGCUGAGCUGUGGUUUGUCAACUCUGACUUUGCCUUGGAUUUUGCUAGUCCUCUGUUUCCCAACACGGUCUAUGUGGGAGGCUUACUGGACAAACCUGUGCAGCCAAUACCCCAAGACUUGGAGAAUUUUAUCACUCAGUUUGGAGACUCAGGUUUUGUCCUUGUGGCCCUCGGCUCCGUAGUUAGCAAGCAUCAGACCAAGGAAGUUAUUAAGGAGAUGAACAGUGCCUUUGCUCACCUCCCUCAAGGGGUGCUAUGGACAUGUAAGAGUUCUCUUUGGCCCAAAGAUGUCAGAUUGGCCCCAAAUGUCAAAAUCAUGGAUUGGCUUCCACAGACUGACCUUCUGGCUCAUCCUAGCAUUCGUCUGUUUGUCACCCAUGGGGGGAUGAACAGUGUAAACGAGGCCAUCCAGCAUGGAGUUCCCAUGGUGGGCAUUCCAUUUUUUGGUGACCAACUUGAAAACAUGGUCCGAAUAGAAGCAAAGAAAAUUGGUGUUUCUGUUCAGAUACAGACGCUCAAGGCAGAGACGUUUGCACUCACAAUGAAAGAAGUCAUAGAAGACAAGAGGUACAAGUCUGCAGCAAUGGCUUCCAAGAUUAUCAGGCAGUCCCACCCACUGACCCCUGCCCAGAGGUUUGUAGGCUGGAUAGAUCACAUCUUGCAGACAGGGGGUGCAGCACAUCUCAAGCCACAUGUUUUCCAGCAACCAUGGCAUGAGCAGUAUCUGCUGGAUGUCUUUCUCUUUCUGCUAGGGCUCAUGCUGGGCACCUUGUGGCUUUGUUUAAAGGUUCUUGGUGCUGUGGCCAGAUAUCUGAGUGGAGAGAGGAAAGUCAAGCAGACCUAA